AUGGUGCCAACAUUGCCGCCGACACCGACGCAGGCGUUGGCCGAUGGCACUGGUGCCGAGAAGACGGACUGCUUCGAAUGCCGCGCCACUGGGACGAUCACAUGCCUAGGGGUAGCCACAUACGCGUUCCAUGAACUGGCCAAGGUCCCGCCGUCACAGGUCGGACAUCGACGGUGGCUCGCUGGGUUUGGCGCUACGUUUGUCGGCGCAGGGUUCGUUCGGGCCUUCAACUGA